AGGGCCUGAGACAGAUGGGACAGCAGGCUACUCUGUGGCCACUUAAACCGGCUCACCUCAGAGCACUCGGCAAAACAAGACAAAAGAAACAUAGGACAGAGAAAAGACCCACAACUCCCUGAAGAAAGAAUCACAUCUUUUCUAUUUUUCUGGCAUAGAGAAGUUCAGAAAAACUGGAACCUUCUGACGGGGACGGACAUUUGCAAAAAUUGACUUAAGGAUGCAGGACGGGAGCUGGAAUGACACACUCCCCAUCUCUCUGUUAUUGAAAGAGGCAUGUCCUCCAGGGGGUGUAUCUUUGGAGGGGGAUGGCGGCAUGCUUUCAGUGCCACCUCUUGAUGGCGAGGUUUACUUGGACUCAAUGGCUGAGCUAGAGAGUGGGGACGGGGACUUUCCAGAACUUUCUGCUUUCCUGAGCCAGGACGAGAUCAGCCUCAGUCUGGACCUGGCUCGUGAGGCCAUGAGUGACGCAGAUGACCCAAAUGACCAAGAUGAACCCCCCGUUCACACAGAGCACCUGUCCCUUUACUCAGAAACCAAAGACCCCGCUCUCCCAGAUUCAGCAUCUCAGUCAACUGACGACACAUCAAGUAAAGUCACAUCCAAUCAGAGCAUGCCGCUCAGCAGGCCUAACCAGCCCUGCACUACUCUUGAAUCACCCGAAAAGUUUGUCUGCCAAAAAUCCAUCACACCAGUAUAUAAGCAGGACCGUCCCCGGCUGGUCCACGGAGGCCUAGAGCUCAACGAACGAGCUGCUUCAGCUACUGAGUUCUGCAGCCGAGCUGCUACCUUCAUUGAGGAGCUCUCUUCCAUCUUUAAAGGUUCCACACGUGUGGAUCAGCAAGGUGACGGAGACUCCUCUUCGCCCGACAGUGGCUACUUGUCUCCAAGGAGCCACCGGCUGGCCAUGAAGCAGGCUCAGCCUCCUUCAUCCUCUUCAUAUUCCUCUGAGCCCCAGCAGGAAAGUACGCACCAGGGACUAGCUGAUGUUGGGUCAGAUGAGCAUCAGGGCCGAGGGGUAAGUCUAGAUGGUCCCAUGGCUCCUCCACGCUUCACCCAAAAACUGAAGAGCCAGGAAGUGGCAGAAGGAAGUCCUAUUCGCCUUGAAUGCAGAGUGACUGGAAACCCCCUUCCACUAGUCAGGUGGUUUUGUGAGGGGCGGGAGCUGCACCACUGCCCUGAUAUCCAGAUCUGUCGUAAUGGUGACUUGCACACUCUGGUGAUUACUGAAGCAUUUGAAGACGACACCGGCAGGUACACCUGCGUAGCUUCCAACGCACUGGGAGCAGACAACACCUCUGCAGAAGUCUAUAUAGAAGGCGCUUCUUCCUCAGACUCAGAAGGUGAAGGAUCCGUGUCGAAGUCUAGGUCCGGAGCCAUGCCACAGGCACAAAAGAAAACCAGCUCAGUUUCCUUGAUGAUACACACAUCAUCGCCAAAGAGCCCAGAGGCCCAACCACAUCGCUCCACACUGGUCCAGCCGCUUUCUUCUACACCACAAAGAGUCCAGAGUCCAGUUUCUUCACUCUAUGCUGGUGAUGCUCCUGUUAAAGCACCCCCUACCUUUACUAAGAUGUUGCAGGAUGCGCAGGCAUCUGAAGGUCAGGUGGUGGUCCUGGAGUGCCGGGUGAGAGGUAGUCUUCCUCUGCGUGUCCAGUGGUUUCGAGAGGGCCAGGAGAUCCAGGAAUCCCCUGACUUCCGCAUCCUGCAGAAGAAGCCAAGAUCCGCAGCAGAACCUGAGGAAAUCUGUACUUUGGUGAUUGCAGAGGCGUUCCCUGAAGACGGAGGUCUAUUCUGCUGCACUGCAGCUAACCAGUACGGCUCAGUUAAUAGCACUGCACAACUCACUGUCACCCCAGUUGCUGAAGAGUUGCCCAGCAACGGCGUAUCCGGGGAUGAUAGUGUGUUUGAGGACAACCAAUCGUUCCUGCCUCCCCCUCCUCCUCCAACUGAGAUUAGUUGGUUGGAAGUCCCACCAAAAACCCCGCCGAGUGCCGAGGCCUUCCAGAUCAAUGAGCUGGACGUCUGGCCCAGGGUCACUGCUCUGCCUGUUCAGGUCUCCACUGAUAAAGAGCCUCAGGAAAGUCUACCUGACAGACCUCUACAAAAUGGUCAGGCCUUAAACAAGCCACCAGAUGAGACUCUACCAUCACCUUCAAGUGUGAAGGAAACAGCUGAAACUCCGCCUCCAUCACCUUCAGCGGUUAAGGCUCCACCUCUCCCCACCAAACCCAAACCUAAACUAUCAAAUGAGCAAGCAGACGACCUCUCAAAUGAAAGGUAAAACAAAGAAUAGGUUAAUGCGACCUGAGUGUGAAUAAUGCAUAUGUGCGCGGGUUUGACGGGCAUGUGAAUAGCUAUGAAAGGAAAAUUGUUUCUUGUCAUGGAUGAGGUCCAAGCUGAGGUUUAAAUGGCAUGCCGUUUUGUAAAACCCUGUCUUUGCUUGAGCUUCUGCAAGUUAUUGCCAUAAAAAGCUGCUUCCCCGAAAGAUUUUCCACUGUAACGUCACAAAUCAACUGCUAGAAACAACACAACAGGGAGAAGGUAGUGAGACUCUCCUCCCCCAUCGAAAAAAACACACCACCCCACUGCUUUCUACCAGCAGUAGUCACUGCACCUUGUCAUUUGGUUGUAAAAACAGGAAUUUUAUAAUUGUACAAUUACCAAGGGGUCAUUUCUGCAUGCUGUGUGGCAGGUUAUCGUUUCUCUGCAUCCUCCAGGUACAACCAGACCUGAACCCUGCCUUCUGACCCUCCGAUCCCGUUUACACAUUCCAGCUGAUUUCCUUUGGAUAUUCCCAUAACUUGCUGUUCACAUCAGUGCUUUGAAUAAAAUGAUUAAGUGGGAAUUUAAGGUCAUGUUGUAGCUGCUGACAUUUAACUUUUACAGGUCCCCUGUGAUCUGAAACAUUAUUUCAGCAUUAGGGUGAUUUAUUAAUUACAUCUGUGAUUAUGUUGUUUGCCGAAUUACCGUAGAGCAAUUAGAAGACGAGUGGAAAGUAUGAGUUUGCAGCUCUGGUCAUGUUCUUUGAGUAAACUAGUUAAAGAGUGAUAAACUUCACCUGGUGUCAUGUUUCAGCGAUGGGCUUUGGGCUUUUGCUGGCACAACAGUAUUGCUUUGAUAUGAUGCAUGUCAUGUAAAAUAAAAAAAUCAAUCUUGUGCUGCCUACUAAAAUUAUUUAAUUUGGAGCAAUUGCUUGCUUGUAAAUAUGUUAUUCUUUUCUCAGCCAUUUCUCCCUUCAUAUAUCUAGUCUAUCUUGAGCAGUUUACCCAAAAAUGAACAGUUUUACAUAGGUUUUUCACCCUCAUGUCAUUCUGAACCAAACUUCA